AUGGACAGGCUCGCCGCCAAACGCGACGACGACGAAAGAGCGGCCCUGCCAUUCUUUGCAAACCAAAAGGCUCUGGUGGACUCGCUCCUCUCAUGCACGAGCCUGGCAGCCUUCUUCACUCUCCCGACGUGUGCCACAGCGCGAGCCGUCAAGCUGGCCUUCCUCAGCGCGCGCAUGCACGCGCGCGAGAGCCGUCAUCCGCAGCGCCACGCCGCCGUCCUGCUGCUUCAGCGCCUCAAGCGCAAGGCCAUGGAGCUGGCGAGUCCUCCUGACAGGCCGUGGAACCACCGCGAUGAACUGAUCAAGGCGGAGAACGACGACGUCGACAUCGCUGACGGCUACUGCGAUUGGCUUGACGCCUCGACCGGACGCGAAGACGUCGACGACGAAGACGGCUACGACUGGGCUGGCGCCUGGGCAGCGGCGGCAACGAUGCUGGUGAGUGAGGAUGUGGCCGAAGCCGCCGCUACCGCCGAUGCACACCCGGUUCUGCGCACAAGGGUCCGGCGCUUUGAAUAA